UUAAUGUUGAAACAUUGAAACAUCAGAGCAGAGGGCAAACGCAAAAAAAGAAGCAAAUAUGUCUCCCGUAGACAUGAAUGGAUUCUGGAAAUUGACAAGUAAUGAAAACUUUGAUGAAUACAUGGAAGCACUAGAUGUGAAUGUUGUCAUCAGAAAAAUUGCCAGCUAUCUCAUCUUUGAUAAGGAGAUUGCUCAGAAUGGUGAUCAUUUUAAUAUCAAGACUCUCGCCACCUUUAGGAACUACUAUGUGGAGUUUGAUGUUGGAAAGGAGUUUGAGGAGGAUUUGGUUGGUGUAGAUGAUAGGAAAUGUAUGACCAUGGUAAACUGGGAGGGAGACAAACUGGUGUGUGUACAGAAAGGAGAAAAGGAUGGAAGGGGCUGGACCCAGUGGGUGAAAGGGGAUGAAUUACAUGUGGAAUUGCGAGUCUGUGGAGUGGUGUGCAAACAAGUUUUUAAGAAACAAGUUCUUGACUGAUGUGCCUUGAACCACAAGUACUCUACUGUGAAGAAAUGUGAUAAUUUCUGCCUAUUAAUAAAAGUAAUUGUAGCCAUUUUUAAGUUAAGCUAUUAUGUCUUUUUCAUUCCUCAUGUAAACGAUGUAUGGUGAAAACUUUGUCAAAGAAAAUAAAACGGGUACACAAAA